AUGCUUUUCAGUUUCAUCGCUGCGGGUAUGGCAGCCUCAGGAAAGCUCUGCUAUUCGGUGAUCGCGUCCGGCUCCGUAGUGCUCAUCCUACCUGGUUUCAUUGUUUCAUGCGGCUCGCUAGAGCUCAUGCCGCGCAACCUCGUUUCUGGAGCGGUGCGGAUGUUUUACGCGGUGAUCUACUCCUUGUUCCUCGGGUUCGGGCAGUCGGUAGGAGCAGAGGCAUAUGAGAAGAUUACGAGCCAUUCCGUCGUCGGUGUCACGGACUACACGUGCGCGUUGACCCAUGAUCCCGAAGGCGGGUGGUGGCAGCGGGCUGUGCUUGAGAAAUUAUAUGCCCUGGAAUCAGAGGGAAAUGGUAUGCAUGUCUUUCCUGAUGACUCUGCGCCGCUAAUCUUGGCACUGGUGCAGUUUCUCGGUGUUGCGAUUGCAUCCGUGGGUUGGGUGACCAACCAUUUCACAUCAACCAAGUUCGUCAAUCAAAACGAUAUAAGUGCAGCGGUUGGUGCAUUUGCGGUCGGAUUCAUGGCCAACUUGUACGGGUGCUUCUUCUCAGGGAACGCCUUCGUGAUCAUGCCGGUAUUCUUUUCCAAGUCCCGUCUGGCUUUCGAAUGGUGGUCUCUUGACCUUCGUCUGAUUUCGGUCGCGAUUGGGUUGACAGUCGGGACGCAUUCAAUUCGCCUGGGACUCUCACCUAUCCCGGUAGCCUAG